CUUCUCCUUUCUCUCUCCCUUUACAUCUCUGUCUCUCUCUUGUCGAUAGCUGACCGCAGAUUUUUUCUUAGCAAUCUUCGACACUCAACAAAAGAAGCAGAAGAAAUAUUCUACAAAAAGGGAUGCAACCUACGAGCUCAAUGAAUGAACAAUUCCUAAAGAAAUGGCAAAUGGGUCUUCAAAUAUUCCGUCCUUCGAUAGACAACACGAGCGUCUCCGAGAGGAAGAGGGCAAUAAAGCUCUCUGCAGACGUUGCAAUGGCGUCUCUAAGAAAAGGAACAACAUGUUGGAGCCGAGCCCUAAUCCAGAAAGCCGCCACCGAGGACAGUUUCCUCGUACGUCAAAUGCUCGCUGGCAUCAAAGAGGAAACGUUAAUCAACAGGAAGUUGCCUAAGAUUGUGUGUCAUAGAAAGAUCGUGAGAAGAAGCAAGAAGAUCUUGAUGAGGAGGAAAUCGAGAUCAGCGAUGGAAGAGGUCACAGCAAAAGCUAAGAAGCUCGUCAAGAGAAAGACUAAAGGAUUAAGAAACGUUGUCCCUGGUGGAGAGUUUAUGAGCAAUAACGUCUUGUUGAUACAAGAAACGUUAGAUUACAUUGUCUCACUUCAGACACAAGUGAAUGUGAUGAGGAGUAUUGUUGAUGCUGCUGAGGCUGGAGUUGAACGGUAAAAGACUUUUUUUUUUGCACGAGAUUAUUUGUGAAAUCAGGAGAUCAUUGUUGGUCGAUAGGACCGUAUAUUAUAUGGACAUGGAAAAUGUGUUACGACAGUAAGUUGUAUUUGUACAUAAGAAAAAUUAUAUACGCUUAUAGGAAAGUUUCAUUUACAUUA